UGUUGCAGAUAUGUCUUCUCCUACAAUGAAGAAACCUGAAAAGCCUUUGUUUAGUCCUACUUCUCCCCAGGAUUCUUCACCGAGACUGAGCACUUUUCCCCAGCAUCACCAUCCAGGAAUUCCAGGAGUUGCACACAGUGAGGUGAAGAAUUUUAGAAGAAACAAGAUGCGAAGUAAUUUUAAUUUUAUUUUAUCUUCUCCAGUCAUCUCAACUAGAACUCCACCUCCACCUUCACCAUUGCCAUUUCCAGCACAAGCUAUUCUCCCUCCUGCCCCAUCUAGCUACUUCUCUCAUCCAACGAUCAGAUAUCCUCCCCACCUGAAUCCUCAGGAUACUCUGAAGAAUUAUGUACCUUCUUACGACCCGUCCAGCCCACAGACUAGCCAGCCUAACAGCAGUGGUCAAGUAGUAGGGAAAGUGCCUGGCCAUUUUACUCCAGUUUUGGCACCCUCUCCCCAUCACAGUGCGGUGCGACCUGUGACCCUGACCAUGACAGAUACUAAACCCAUCACUACAUCCACUGAAGGUGAGGCAUCUUCACCUACAGCAACCACCUACACAGCCUCAGGCACAUCCCAAGCCAAUCGAUAUGUGGGACUAGGCCCAAGAGACCCAUCCUUCCUACACCAGCAACAGCUGAGAAUUUGUGACUGGACCAUGAAUCAAAACGGCAGGCAUUUAUACCCCAGUGCCAGUGACGAUACAUUGGGAAUUACCUGGCAAAGUGGGACCACUCAUAAAAGCUGGCAUGAUGGGUCUCUUUUAGAGCAUGUUGAGUAUUUGCAGAAUAUUCACACACUUCCUGGUACCUGGGCUAGCUUGGUUCCUUUCCAAGUUUCUAAUAGGACACCGAUCCUGCCAACAAACGUCCCAAAUUAUGGUUUGAACAUAAUUGGAGAGCCUUUCCUUCAAGCAGAAACAAGCAACUGAGGGAAAAAUAAAAAUAAAAAAAAGAAGACAAAUUUCAAAAAGAAAGGAAGACAGGAGGAGAAAAGAAACUGAAGAAGAAAAAAUAGACCAGCAAUUGCAGCUCUUACAAUCACAAAUUCCUUUAUGGUUGAAACUGAAACGACAUACAAAGGGUCGAUGAUAUUUCACUGAUGAGUAGAAUGCAGCCCCUGCUAAGUAGCCUUUGUUAUAUGAAGUCCGCUGGGAAAUAGAUGUUCUGUCUCUGACAAUAUAUUUUAACUGACUUUCUAGAUGCCUUAAUAUUUGCAUGAUAAGCUAGUUUUAUUGGUUUAGUAUUCUUGUUGUUUACGCAUGGGAUCACUAUUCCUGGUUAUCUCACAAAACAAAGGCUAGGCAGCAGCAACAGAGCUGCAGGAGGACAAGGGCCGUAGCCAGCCAUUUUCUCAACACUCUGAUUUCUAGAUGUUUUAAAAAUAAACUCUGUAGCCUUUAGUUAUUAGUAUGGAUUUAUUAAACAUUGGCCCUUAAUUCAGCCUUUUCUAGUGUGUUAUGCAGUUUGACAUUUUCAAUCAAAUAUGAACACACAGGCUCUAUGGAAGAAACACCUCUACGUAGGUAUAAGUGUUAUCUCCUCAUGCAACAGUAAAAAAGAAAAAGAAAAAAAUGAACGUUUUCCCCACUAAAGAAACACUUACAGAGGCAAGUGCAAUUUAAAAAUCGUAUCUAAUGGGUCAUCAUUAUAAGUCCUUCAGCCCUUGGACUCUAAAUUGAGGGGAUUAAAAAUAGAAAUAAAAAUUACAUUGAACAAACUUAUUUUUCCCCUCAGUUUUUGAGGGCAUUAAAAGGCAUUAAAUCAAGACAAAUCAUGUCCUUGAGAAAAAGAAAUCAAUGGAAACACAGCACUUAUGUUGGUUUAGCUGCUGCCUCCACACAGGGGUAGGAUUUAUUUAUUUAAAGUUACUGGUUGCAUCAAGAACCCAUAGGGUUUACAUGUUUCUGUAAAAUCUGCAUCAUAGAGACAAAGAGAUAGGCAAAUCCAUGUCACAAGGGCAAAGCUUACCGUUUACAAACUGGUAAUACCAGGAUGGGGAUAUGUUAUAUUUAAAUAAUGCACUCGUAAGUUUAGUUGCAGGGUGCUGAAAACUUGCAUGGUGCUUUCAGAAGUUAGCCUUGUUCAACAAUUAUCACAUAUUGACAGAAAUAUAACGUGCAUGGGCAGACAUUUUGCCUCUAUGUCUCUUUAAAAAAAUAAUUAAAAUACUCUUUCCAGUAAUCCUGAUUUGCACGAAGUUAUAAUGUCCACAUUACGUGCCUUGCCUUGAAAUCUAAAAAAAUGGAAAAAAAAAAACACAAAAAAGAAAAAAAAACACACAAAAAAAAUUGACAUCACUACACUUGUUUUGCUGCAUUUAUUAUAAUUUUAAAUCUUUACCAUUUUUAUGACAAAAUAUUUUGUACUCCAGAUGGGAAAAAAGCGUGACAUCAUGGAUUUUUUAGACAGUUAUACCUUUAUCUCACAUUUAUAAAGCAUAUCAUGGCUGUGUAUAGUUGCCGCUUAAAAAUUGUAAUCAACCAGCAAUAUUUUCAGUAUUUUGGUGUUUUUUCUAUUAACCUUUCAUGUUUUUCAUCUUCCAAUUAAUAUUGGGGGGAGGGGAUACAAAUUUAUAUGAAUUAUGCAAUACCAAGUUUUGCCUAUGUAGGUAGUGCUUUUAGCUGUAUUGGUUAUUAUAGGUAAGUACACAGAUUUAAAACAAAAAGAAAAAAAAAAGUAUGCUUUUUUUUUUGUUUGUUUUAAUUGACCAAAGUGGGUACUGCUAUUUUUGCAGUGUGAUGAGGUCCUUUUCUGUACUGAGAGGUGGACAGGGGAUUUUUUUUUUAUACAUACAUAUAUAUAUAUUCUGGGGUGGGUGGGGAGGAUUUUUAACACUUUACAGUGUAGCUGUGAAGCAGUGCACCCUUAGCCAGGCAAGGGCUGCAAAGCGACUGUUCUGCCUACUGUGACAAACUUUCAAAUCGGUUCCCUCUUUUUAACUUCCCACCUGGGGUGCAAGCUAAAAUCAUUUCUGGAUUUUAAAAAUAAAUAAUGAAUUCUGUUGGAGGCAGA